GUACCUUCCCUUACAAAUUUUUUCCCCUCUCAAUGUCCAUCACACACACACACACACAGCUGGGUCCCGCACAUGGCACUGCCCUCAUUAUCCGUGCUAUUAUCUUUAGUUCCAGUGUGCUGGGUACGAACAAACAGUUUUCCGGUCUAUCACAAUCAUAGUAGCGCGAUAGCGUGGACAUUCUCCAUGAUGGAGGUCGCCAUGCCAUGGUGUCCCGACUUCCCCGAAAUCGAAGUCGUGGGACCAUCUUGUCAUAUUGAACGCCUCGAGAAACAUUCAAGACACCGGUUCGUUUCUUCGGCAGCUGAACUGCUGCGUGUGGUGCAUGGCUAGUGGGUUGCGUUCCCCACGAAUCUCAAAGACACACCGCAGCGCGUCGAACCUGUCUCUUUCUUCCCCCCUCCCCCUGUCCUGCGUCCAGGGGCAAGAAUCCUUUGAGAUCUGUCAAAUCGUCCACUAGUUACUGCAUAUGCGGGAUGGGGGACAGCGCGGAAACGGGGCGCUCCCUUAUGUUCCUACAGCCAAUGUGAGCCCAUUCGGUUCGGUUUUACUGAAUUAUUGUGGUUGCAUCUGCUUUUUCCCCUGGAUCACCCCGCUCGCUGGAGGAAAACCCGGUCAUUCCAGCGUCUCUAGUAGAAUAUUGUAGAACUGAACUGGAUUCUACAUGAUUGUCUCGUGCUUCGUCGGACUAUAAUGAACCGUCUUCCCGAUUGCCGGGCUUGCAGAGGGGCUGUGUUUCUUGUGGACUGGGCUGAG